AUGCGUCAACCAGCUCUCGCGUCUACUAGCGUGGCUAAAGACACUCCUUCGGUACGCGCGCUUGCACAUCAAAUAUUACAACAACCACUAUCGGAAAAGUCUCUAGAUGCGGUAGCAGCAAUUUACAAUGAAUUUAUGAGCGAAGCGAGCGAUGAUGAACGAACAAUCAUUUGCCUACAAGAUUUGGAUCGUAUAGGCUUUCUAAAUAAGGCUUUGUGGCCAUUAGCAGAGGCUGUGAUCAAUAUGCACUACCACAUGAAGAAGGCUUGGCUGGUGUCCGUGCUUUUGCUCGUGGGGUUCCGCGCUCGAAAAGUAGACGUAUUAUCUGCCGAUGAUAAUAUUCAUGGUGUAUGGUCCUUUUUAACGAAAGACGACGCAGCCUGGAAGACAUUUACAACAAUAAUCUGGACAACAUUAGCGGAAACAAGUAAAGACAUUAGGUGGACGUUCAAGGAAAGAACGGCACUAACGCAAUUCGUCAUCACAAGCUUUCAAAGCCUCGAAGUACCGCAAGUGGCAACCUUUGUACUCCAGAUGACAUCAAUUUCGAUCUGGACAACGCUUUCGCCGACCCAACGCGCGUUAGAGUUCCAAAUGUACCCGAAACUAGAACGACACUGGAAUCGAGUAAUGGGACAGGAAUCACCAGAAGUUAAGCGAAAGAUUAAGAAACAGCGACAAGGGGAAUCCACGAACGAAACAUUGCAAAAUGAGCAAAAGAUUCUAAUUUGCCAACUGAAUGCGUUUUUUGAAGCUUUAAAAGCGCCAAUGGACAAUAACGUGCCAACGCACGAGAUCGUGGAACAUUUACGCUUUAUUGCAGCAUUUUUAGCGUUGUUGAUUGACUUUUUAAGUCAGUUAUCUACUCGUCGCUUUCUUUUGACCAUCUUGAGGCGUCGCCAUAUACGCACAUUACUGAAAAAUAGCGCAGUCUUGCAAUAUGCUUUAGAGGCACAGGACGUUUAUGACAGACAGGCUCUUAUAAAGCAAAUAACGCUGCUAGAUGUCUACAUGCGGUUCCCGGUUGACGCACAAACGGGUGCAUCGUUAUCACCACAAGAGCAGCGGAUGCAUCAAACUCGUCACAUCCAGAAGUUGCAACAGUAUGCUUUUCUUUCGUUUCGAAAUUCACGGCUGGAAGAUUUGGCUGUUGCUCCAUGUGGUCACAUUGCAGACGCUUUAACCUUUGAAAAGAUGCUUUACAGCAUCGCAGCUGCCGAUCGCCCACGUUUGUCAUUGUUGGCGAUCGCCGUUGGUGUACUGGCUGAUCAAAUUGAGGCUAAUUCGACUUCGGAUUCUGAGCUGAUUCAAUUUUUCACGGAAGAAUAUUCCAUUUCCAGCAGUGAUAUGGAUUGCGUUUUCGCAUCGAUUUAUCCAACCGAAAUUGAUAUUUGGAGCGAGAUGUUGGAUCGCAAGGAUAUCUCAUCUCAAAACGGAAUGGAUGGCGACAAUUCUAUGAAGCGAUUGAAUCAAAUAUACAGCGCAGACGAAACCAGCUUGUUUCCGGUUUUGCCUGUGCGGAGAUUGGGCUUACAGUAUUUAAAUUUGAAGGAUUAUUUUCAGCGUAAUUUUGAGCUGCUUCGAUUUGAAGUUUCACUAGAUGUUCGUAAGGAUCUUGAAACAGUCGUUAAGCAACUCGAUGCUGUGCGAACUCUUCAAUCAUUAAAUGACAACGACACAAUUUUUCGUGGUUUCUCACCAUCUGCUGUCGCCCUGACGAGUCCGCUACAAAUUGUACAAGUGAGGAAACCGUCGCUUGGCCAGACUAUUCCAGCUGCUGUUGUUGCGCAAGUAGAAGUGGAAUUAUCUAGUCGACAUGAUCGCAAGUGUUUUGAUUGUUACCAAAGAAAAGAGGUUGUAUUUCUCGUGACAUUGAGAGCGACAGCAGAUGAACUUGCUGAAACGAUGGCCUUCAAACAGAAUGUAGAGGAGUCAGGAUCGUUUCCCGAAAAGUUCGGUGUGCUUUAUGUUCGUGCAGGGAAAAUACUAGAGGUCCAAGACGUAGCUGGCAACGUAAUUAAUGCCGAGCAUUCUGUGGGUAAAGGAAGGAAGCGUGUUUUCAAACUCGCACUAGAUGGGUUGCAGUACAAGAAGGACAUUGAAGCGAACCGCGUCGAUGCAUACCAAAAAGUUAACAUAUUAGUCCGACGAAUUCCUCUCAAAAAUAAUUUGAGAUGUGUAUUCGACACAGUCGCUGGUGCAUGUAUUAAUGCUGACUCGGAAAACUUAGUACCAUCAUGGCUUCACGACCUAUUCUUGGGGUAUGGGGAUCCGGCAACUGCAUUUUACAUGUCAAUUUACAAGUCAAGGGCGGAGAAUCAGCUUGUAAUUCCUCUGUUCGAGCUUCUCCAGAAUGGAGAGCAUGCACUCGACGCGGGUGAUGUUGAGAAACUGGUGCAUAUUAACGACGAAACAGUCGAGCUAAAGCCGAAUGACGCAGUUGCCCCCUUUACGUACGUGCAUAGUCUUCAUAAUGGCGCAAACUAUAUCCAAGCUUAUGACAGAGAAUAUCCCCCUGCAGCAUCACAGCGCAUCUCAACUUCUUUGCGAUACACAAAGGCGCAAGUCGCUGCUGUGCGAUCAGGACAGUGUGAGGGUCUUACACUGGUCGUAGGUCCGCCAGGUACAGGCAAGACAACUGUUGCUGUGCAGCUCGUGAUGAAUCUGUAUCGCACAUCUCCGGAGCGCGAAAAAAUUCUUGUUGUUGCACACUCAAAUCAAGCAUUGAAUGACUUCUUCGCGAAAGUAUUGGCUCAAAAUGUUAUCCCUGAGUCCGAGAUCGUACGAAUUGGACGAGAGCAAUUCGAAGACGGCCAUUAUGCAAGUAAAGUUUGCGACGGAAAUUCUUACGCGAAUUUUAGCCGAAGUGGUCGCGUAGCCUUUUUGCUAAAGAGAAGAGCUGAAUUGCUGACUGAAGUAGAGCAAAUGGCUCAGUGGCUGAUGAAACGAGAUCCAACGCGAUACGCUGGUCUUGCUGAUGGUUCUGCAUCGUAUUCUUGCGAGAACACGCAAAUAUUUUACCAGUUUCACAUGAAGCAAUAUAUCGAUGCGGCAUGCGAAGCGAGUGAGUUGCCGUCAAAAAGCGAUAAUACUACAUCGCUUAUGGAGUUUUAUACUUUGCAGAAGGGAGCAGCACCUGAUACAAUAGUUGCUCUCCAUCAAUUUGCUCUGGAUAUCAAAUCUCAUUUUCAUGAGCUGCGUCGUCUACAGCCUUUUGAACUUUUACAUACUUCACGCCAGCGUGAUGACAUGUAUAUGAUCGAUCACGCUCGUAUUGUUGUUAUGACUUGCACGCAUUCAGCUUCGGACUAUCAUGAGCUUACGAAACUUAAUAUGACAUUCGGAAGUCUGAUUAUGGAGGAUGCUGCCCAAAUAAGCGAAGUGAAUAUGAUUGUUCCACUUCUUUUGGCAUGUUCAAAUCCCGUAAGGUCAGCAGCAAGUGAUCAGAAAAUGCUUUCAGGUUUAAAACGUGUUGUACUUCUGGGAGACCCAAAGCAGCUGCCACCGGUGGUGAGAUCAAUCGCACUUAGAAGUUAUGCACAUUUUGGUCAGAGUUUAUUUUCACGUUUUCUGCGACUUGGGGUUCCUCAUAUUAUGCUUGACUAUCAAGGCCGCUGUCGGAGUGAGUUGGUUGAUAUCUAUCAGUGGCGAUAUGAAAAUAUGAGUUCAAAUGGAAAAAAGGUUACGCUUGGCGACUUGCCUCAUGUUAAAUCGGGUCAAGAGUACCAGACUGGCAACACUGGGUUUGCUCAUGUGGCACAAUUCAUUGAUUUAUCUGGAGUUUCAAUUGAGCAUCAAUUGAAACCUCAUGCUUACGAAAAUAUGGAAGAGGCCAAGUUCAUUGUUGCACUUUUUUGGUACAUGAUGGGUAUUGGCUAUCGUCCAGACCAAGUGACGAUUCUUACAACGUAUACGGCUCAGAAAGAUCUUUUGAAGCGACUUCUUUGUGUCGAUGUUCCAAAAGGAGCGAAGAUUUGUAGCGUGUCGACUAUUGAUAGCUUUCAAGGAAAACAGAAUGAUUAUAUUUUACUUUCCACGGUUCGUAGUGGACCAAGCGUGGGACGCCUUGAAGAUGUUUGUCGUGCAUCAACUGCCUUUUCUCGUGCUCGGCUUGGGCUUUAUGUUGUGGGUUGCCAUGCUAAUCUUGAGCAGUCAUGUGUGUUGCAGCCCUUCCUCUCCAGGUUAGUGUCAGUUGCAAAGAAAUACGACAGUGACAAGGCGACAAAGUUAGCGCUAGUACCGUCCGAUCGAGUAGGAAUGGCACCACGUAAAUUCGAGGAGAAGACUUCAUUCUUAGGCUAA